AUGUCCUACAACUGCUGCUCUGGAAACUUCUCCUCCCGCUCUUUCGGAGGUUACCUGCAAUCCCCAACCACUUCCUGUGACUCUUCCUACCCCAGCAACCUGGUCCUCGGCACUAACCUCUGUUCUCCCAGCCCCUGCCAGCUCGGCUCCUCUCUCUACAGUGGCUGCCAGGAGACCUCCUGUGAGCCCACCAGCUGCGAGACGUCCUGUGUGGUCCCCAGUCCCUGCCAGACGUCCUGCUAUCGCCAGAGGAUCUCUACGCUCUGCAGUCCCUGCCAGACAACCUAUGGCUCUUUGGGCUUUAGGUCUAGGAGCUCUCAAUUGUUUGGCUGUGGCUCCCCCUCCCUGGGCUUUGGAUCUGGUGGUUUCCAGUCCGUGGGUUACGGUCCCAACGCUUUCUCAUCCUUAAAUUGUGGAUCCAACUUUUACCGUCCAACUGUCUUCUCUUCUGGAAGCUGCCAGUCUGCUUUUUACCAACCAGUAUGUGGAUCUGGCUUCUACAAGUCACACUUUUGA